AGAACGGCAACUGUAUGCUUGAAAGCUUGAGACGCCGUAUGAUGGGUUCAGUCCCGCUAAGAAAUACAUUCACGCGUGCCUGUCUCGUCAAAACCCGUAGGCUUGGGCGAAACCUGUGGGCUAGCCAGAAAAUAGAACACGGAAUUUCAGCACUUUAAAUACCAUAAAAUUUUUUUUUCAAUCAGACAUAAUUUCGACGCAAAAGAAAAGCAGAAAUGGUGACGAUAGUAGUAGCUACAACCAGCGAUCCAGCCUCAAUCAAUCCGGCCUACGCCCUCUUGGCCAUGCCCGGUUGGCUCCCCGUCCCUGCUCCCUCUUUAUUGCAACAGGGAAUCAAAAGUUUUGCUAAUAAAAAUGUGCGAUUUCUUCAACACGACAAAGGCAUUGUCGAAGAGGACGAUUUGGACCGCCGUUGGGAGGAAGCCACCGGCGAGGCUGUCGAUGAGGUUAUUUUCUUCAGCAAACACACCGCUGUUUCCAACCGCCCUGCUCUCACCGUUCACCCAAUCGGGGUGCCUCAUUUGCGCGAAGGAGAUGUUCCGCCACAGGGUGGAAGGCCUGGCUGGGCUGCGCCGCCUGACCCUAGGAUAGGGCCCUGGCUUAGGCUUUUGAAGAAACUUGCCCAGUCUCAUAAUUUGGUUCCUGAAUUUGAGAUAACUUUGGAGGGUACACAUCAUGGACCUAUAACAAUCAAACCAACUAUGUUCCUUGAGAUUGGCAGCACUGAUGAGUACUGGAAGAGGCAAGAUGCUGCCAAAGUCAUUGCUCUAUUAGUUUGGGAAGGACUUGGGCUCGGAGGUGGUGCUGCAGUCGGAAACUGGGGCAGGGAGGAUGAAAGAAACAAAGUGCUUCUCGGAAUUGGUGGUGGACACUACGCACCUCGGCAUAUGGAUAUAGUCAUGAAAGAAGGUGUUUGGGUGGGCCACCUGCUUUCAGGAUAUUCUUUGCCAAUGGAAGAUCCAAGUCAGUCAAAAGAAAACGGAAAUACUGAUUGUAUUGGUGGGACAUGGAGACAAUCGAUAAAAGUUGCAAUUGAGGCUACAAAAUCAGCUUUCCCUGGUGGGGAUGUUUUGGCACAUCUUGACCACAAAAAUAUGUCCCGAGUAUUUGGCUACAGCUGGAACCAGUUGACCGAGUGUCCAGGAGUUGCUUGUUUCAGUCAUAAGUGGUUUUAGCUGGGUAAAUUUGUGCAACAGAUACUGACUUGUGUCACGGAGCCAUUGGAGUUUGGAUUGGGAAACUAAAAAGCCAGAAUAAAGUAAAUAAAAUUAGGUAUGUAAAGUGAUAAAAAUGAGUUUGAGUGCCCUUCCCCAUCUAGCUUUCAAGUUUUACAGCACGUCUCUUAUAGGCAAACUUGCAUAGACCGUGUUGGUUCUUAAUUGUUUCCAGGACUCAGUGCUCCAUUUCACAAUGGAUUGUGAAUGUAAAAAAAUGCAAAUAGUGACUCCUAGAUUUUUCAUUUUUCUUUGGUCACUUGGAACAAUUGUCAGUGGCUGUUUGAGAUAGUGGAGUCUAAGUGAGAUUGGUGAAAGAAAUUAGAUUGGGGAUAAAAUAAAACAAGAGGUAAACAAUCUGGAGUAUAGACUUUAAAUUUGUUCCAAUUGAUAUCAUCAAUCGGUUUGGCCGCGACUUGUUAUCUGCUAUAAUUUCUCCUCCUGACAUCUUAGAUACUGUUUCAGUAUUUGUCUUGAUGCUUAUUC